UGACCACCCCGGAAAUCAACAAACCGGGCGGUUAGCGAAAUGUAACAACGGAGAGUACUUUACCUUCUUUUACUUCCCUGUUGUAGGUCUUUCGUUUAACGUUAGCUUCAUGUGUUUUAAAAACGAGCAAUUAAAUGAAACAGUAUGCCUUUCAAAUGCCAAGUGUUGGACGUACUUUCCGUCAUUUAGCUUUGUUUAGCUAACGUUUGGUUAAGUUUAACCAUUUCAAAAUGCGGAGUGAUUCUCUUCUCUCGAGCGUUAACGUGGUGCUUGUAAUGGCCUUCGGUAGUCUGGUGUUUGUUUUGCUGUUUAUCUUCGUCAAAAGACAAAUUAUGCGAUUUGCCAUGAAGUCUCGGAGAGGACCACAUGUUCCCCUUGGCCACAAUGCUCCUAAGGAGCUGAGACAAGAAAUUGAAGCCAAACUGUGCCAGGUCCAGAAAAUCCACUUUGAGCCUCGUCUGCUCUCCCCAGAUGAUGACCGGCUAAAACACAAAGAACAGUCUGGUUCACAUGACUACCUGUACAGGAUGAGAGCACUGGAUGCCAUCAGAGACACUGAUCUUCCUUUCCGUGAACUGGGUGGCACAUCCACCGCUGUGACGGGUAAAAGACUUCGGACCUGGCUUCUACAUCUACGAAACUCCCACUGUGUGUUCCGAGACAGUCUGAGCUCGAUCAUCGACAAAGUGCUGGAUGGGUACAACAAAGCACGUCACGGGGCUGAGGCUUUUGGGGAAGCAGAAUUUUUGAAAUACCAGGAAGCUCUAACUGAACUGGCAUCUGUCGUCAAGUCCCACAGCAGCAGCAGCAGCAGCACUCCGAGCCAGUACCACCAGUCUGCAGCCAAAGACCUGACCAGCACCACGGAGCUUGCAAGCUCCUCCUCCUCCCCCACCCAAACCACCUACCUCACAUCUUCAAUGCAGCAGCGUAGCAAGCGGCCCGGACACUUCCUGGAGUUGAAGAACUUCAAAGACAACUACAACACUCUGGACAGCUCCUUCUGAAAACUUGUGAUGCCCAUCCAAAAGAAAGUUCAAAGACAAGUAGUGCUGCCAGUAAUUAAAGUGCCUAUGGACAACGGGUCACUGUCGCCAGAUAGUUACGAGUGAAAUGAAAAACUGCCUUCAUGUAUUAACACAUAUUGCCUGGUUUACAGUAUAAUGCAUAUCAGACUCAGUGCUCUUUACCUAAGUGUAGCUUAUGCAUAUAUCCUGUAUAAAUGCAUGUUUGAGUGCUAUAAUUAGGUAGAAAAGUGACUAUAAUAAGUAGGGUUGAUUUGACCAAAACAAAACCAGAGUCACAUGGCUAUGCAAUGACAUAAGACAAUCAUAUUUAUUGCAGUGUAAAGUCCUAUGCAAACUUGUUAGAAUUAACAGACUGUAUUUAAACACGCUAAUAGUUAAAGUUUGUAGAGAAAACAAGUAUUAAUGGUGGAAAAACACACUGGUUAUGUCACUUAUGUUUACAUGUAUGUAUGUCUUUUUUUAAGCCUUAAAUGUUUGUCUUACAGAAGCCAUACUUGAUUUAAUGAAUUUUGAUGAUUAAGUGCUUUUUUGAUUUAAUCGUUCUCUCAGUGCAAUGUAACAGUAACAGUAUUCCAGUGCAUUAAUGCAUUCUGAAUGUUGCAUCAGGGGAAGUCUCUUUCUGGACUUUAGUAGUCAGGGUUCCCAGUGAAGCAUGUGAUGUCCAUGCUUGAAUCAUUUUAUUUUCUUUGGUGCUUAUUGUACAAGUAUCCAUCCAAAUAAAACUGUGACGUACUGUCAAAAUGUU